AUGAGGCAUCCUUCAAGACACCUCCACAAAAUGCGAGAGAGGUUUGAAACAAGACAUGGAAGACCUACUGAACUGCUAAAACUGUCCAUCUUCCUGUUCGAAAGAGAUCUCCUGUCAGCAAAUCCUAAUGCUAUUGAAGUAGCAAGAUUCUGGUCAAGGGUAAUCUAAAACUAAAACAAACCCACCAACUCUAACAAUUAUGUUACCAUAAAGUUAUAUCCAUUCCAAAUUCUAUUAAUUUUUUUUUUUUUUGUUUUAAGUGUUUUAAUUAUCGAAAUAAACAAACGAAAAUAAAUAAGCACUUUUAAAUUUCAUAUUAGAGCUCGUUGUAACGUUGACGUAUUAUUCGUCGAACCGAAAAAAAAGUAAGCGAACGUUUAAGUCCCGUACCCCGUUUUAUAAUAUACAGGUAUAGGGGAACGGGGCUAAAAACUGUGCAUCAAAAUCAGACUACGUUAAGUCCGAAAUUAACGAUUUUCAGUUUAAUACAUUUUCGGCGUGUAAAAUCUGUUUUCCUUAAUGAUGGAAGUCCGUUAAAUAUUAUGUUUACACGCAAAUUAAAAAUUUAAGCUUAAUAGCCAAUCAACGUUACCUACUUUUCAGUUAUUGCACUCUUACGAAAAGUCAGCAUAACGCGACUUACGUCAGUUCGGUUUUGAGCAGUGGCGUACUUAGGCCUUUCUUACAGAGGGGUGGUGGGAGGGUGAAAUAUAUUUUCACGCGCUUUUAAAAUAAAAAAUUCUUUAGAAAGUAACGUUACAGCUACACUAAUUUUAUUAAUAUAUACAUCUUUUAUAUCUAUACAAACAUGAAACAGUGCAACCCCACAUAAGUGAUCCUGAUACAUUUAUUUUGUAGCUAUGUAGAAAUCAAUAAUAAGAGACAACGGUUGAACCACCAAAACGAAAUGAUAACACUAGAAACCUUGACCCGGUUCGACCAUAGAUAAUAAAAAUAGUUUAAUAUCUAUGGAUUUGGCCGUGUUGUAAUAUCAUGUUGUAUGUUAUAAUAUUAUUAACUACUUUAUUGAAAAAAAAAAAUUCAAAAUAAUUAUAGAAACAUUUAAAACGAACAAACAGUUCACACAUAUACGUAAUUAUACGGUCCACGGGAUGAGCGAGUGAAUUUUCGCCAAUGGUUCUAAGGUACAGAAAUGAUAACGUUAAAAUGACGCGUAAACAAUCCCGCAUAAUAAUAAAUCGAACGAUCGAAAAACGGAAAUCGAAAUUGUUAUUUUAGAUUCAGAGCGUAUAGAGAGCAAUGUGUUGGUUUUACAAUGAUGUUUUUUGUUUCUGUCAAUAACGCUUCUACCGGAAAUCUCGCUGAGGUUAUUCGAGUGUUGCAUAUUUGUUCUGGUGGUACUUAUAGUUGGGGGCCAUUUAGAUUUUCUAAGCGGUUUCCAUAAUAAUCGGGGAAUAAACGGGAAACCGAUUUUACAAAGAUUUUUUUUUUAACACCUUUUCUACCAGAAAGCUUACUUCGAUGUAUGCAAUUUAGACCCUUUUCUGAAAGGAAAUUUUCUCGGGGUGGUACUAUUAGGAGGUAAUUUUUCGAUUUUCUCAUCAAAUGUGAAAAACGAUUUUUUUCUAUGGACAACUUUUCUACCAGCAAUUUUGAUCCGAUUAACGAAAAUAGCACUUUUACUGAAAGGUACAUUAGAGAGGUCAUAUUCGAUUUUCCCAAGUGUUUUCCCGGCAAAUUUGAAGAACCGAGAAAAAGCACGGGAAAACCGGGAAAAACGUAGGAAAAACAAGAAAAUCGGUAUAAUAUUAAACAAAUAUUAGUAAAAGAAAAUAUAUAAUAUCUAUUUAAUUAUUUUAUUACAAAAUGACAUAUAUAUAUAUAUAUAUAUAUAUUGUUGACAAAGCGUCACUGCUUAUAUCAGGUGAACCCCGUUCAGAAUCGUUUUUUCGUUAGCAAUGGUCUAUCGUUGCAUACACGGUUGCAUUAAAUAAAUUCCCGUCCGUAUCCUACCCGCCGAACUUCCUACACUUUCCGUACAACAGAGGCUGUACACCCGUCCACCGCAUUAUCUUACCUUUAUGUUUUUUCUUCUUCUUACGUAAUCAUCCGAGAAAUUCGCCGGAUCACAACGGGCGAAACAAUCGCCCUGUAUAUAAAUAUCGUUGUUGUACAAUAACCGACGUCGUAUAGACCGACAGGUAUCCUCUCAACGGUAUCCCGCGUGCACGUACGGAAAAUAUAGGCGUACGCGGCGUGUCGGUAUAUCGCAACGCCGCCGUCGUCGUCGGUGUGAAAUUAAUUACGUUACUCGCGCGUUAUACCUGUUCCGAUUAGCCGCACGGCCGCGGUGCUUCGGACCAUAAUGAUAAUAAUAAUAAUAAUAUGUAAGCAAUAAUAUUAUUAAUAAACAAUACGGUGUAACCGAUUAAUAACGGCGGACCGCGGGCGUGACACAACGCGCGAAGGACCGCGGGCAGUAACAUUACGGUAAACGGAAUCCCGCGCGCGAACGCCGUCGUCGCCGUGCGGAUCCGCGGUACCUGCGCGAAAUUCAACGCCCCGUUGGGUUACGCGCGGACGGCGGCCGCGCGGCAGCCCGUCAAACGCUUCGUACCCGCCGGACCGCGCGUUCUUUCGAUAUUUUACAGCCCCGCGUGGCAUUCGCACCGUAGUAAUACCAAUCGCUUCGCUCAGAAUCUAAAAAUUUCAAGUUCAAAGUUUCAUUGAACACAUUUCCAGAACGGCGACGCAUAAUAUACGCAUUGCGUACCCGCGGAAACAAUUCGGGACUAAAGAUGAAUCUCGUUCGGCGGGGGUAAAAUGUUUAAUUUUAAUAUGAAUUUAUUAACAUCGAAAACACCAACACGUUCGGAGGGAAUCGACCCGCCGAAUCAACCCCGGUAAGGCCGUGAGAGGAGACGUUUCCCCGGAGACGCGCCCGGGCGCCGAACGGCUUAAGAUUGCAUUUCAAACGGCUUUGCUCGGUGUAUGAUAUCAUAAUAAUAAUAUUAUUAAAUUGCGAACAAAUUUAAAUUAUUAUUUGUUUUAUUUAUUUGUCGGCCACAAAUGUAUUUUUAUCUUUUUGUCUGUCUCUAGAUCGAUUUUUAGAGUUUCGUGUCAUAUUUAUCUGAUUAUGAAAAAAAAAAAAAUCGAUAACUAUACAGGGCUCAACGCUGAAAACGAACUCGGAACUACACAGGUAUGCGUGUACACAUUCCGGACAACUUUUGCGGUAUGAAACGAUUGGAACGACAGCGAAUACAAAUAAUACAAAAAAAAAAAAUUGUACGUAUCUUAAUAUCGUUGUAACCUUGUUUUCGAUGCUUAACCGAUAAAAGAAAAAAAAAUGAAAUAAAUAUCCGCACACAUAUUUCAAACGAACGAUAUAAUUGCUGCGAAUACUUUCGAAUUCCGAACGAACCGCGAUCGCUAUAUUAUACUGUAUCACAGUCGAAAUGACAAUGUGUAUGUAAUAAAGAAAGCCGAUUAAUAAAUUUGAAAAAAAAAACAAUGAAAAAUAAUUAUUAUCGCUACGAUUUGUCUAUCGGGAGAAUAAUAUUAUUUUUAUAUUGAUAUUGUAUAUUUACAUUAUACAUUUUUAUGGUGUCUCUGCGAAAUUGCUUUGUAAAUGUAUACCAGCUAGUAUGCAUCAUAAUAAUAUUAUGACGUGUUUCGUUACAAUAAGUGUAUAACGUUUAAUACUUAAUCGGUAAUUAUUAUAAUAUAUUGUAUAAUAUUAUUGUAUACAUAUAAUUGAGGACAUUUGAAUCGUGCGUCAUUCAAUAAUGUGUAAUUAAUAAUAGUUCGUCUUAAAGGACCCGGUGCCAGUUUUUAAAAUUGUCUGAAAUUUUAAAUUAUUUUUAACAUUUCAAUUACUCCCUUAAAGAUAAGAUUUUCCAACUGAUCUACUACCUCAUAUAUUUUUUAUUUCUAAUUUCAAAUAACGAGGGGAAAAAAUGGUAAAGAAAGGCUUUAAAUUCACCUUUUUUAAAGACUCGUUAUAAUAGUGUUUGAGAAUAAAAUGUUGAAAAGCGGAGUUCAAUGCGGUCUGUAGAAUGUUUCCCUCUGUUAAUUAAAAAAAAAAAACCAAAUUAAUUUUGGUUGAUUCUACUAAACUGUAUCACUAUUUCCGUAGAGUGUAUUUUUGUGGGCAAAACUAGAUCCGUGAAGUUAGCGGACGAACAUUGAGCACUAAUUUUCUUUCUAGUACCAAUAUUUAGUGAUGGCGAAAGGUUAUGUUUUCAAAAUUAGUGCUCUGUCCAGAAAAAUGUUACUCGAGGGCUUAUAUUUUCCGUCCGCUAACUUCAUGUAGCGGAUGUAGUACAAGUACCAACAUCCUAUGUAGUACCAAAAUUUAGUGCUGAAUUAGUGCUGGUGAACGGUACCAUUUUCAAAAUGAUUGCUAAAUUUUCUAAUGAGAUAUUGAAUUUUCCGAAAUUGUGGACGUUGCGGACGCAAUGUAUUUUUUAUACUAGUGAACUAGGUGGCGAUACAAAUUUGUGUGAAAAUAUGUUGUCGCCUAGAUGAUUGUAUUUUUAAAAAUUGAGAGACACACAAUAAUAAAUUGCCAUAAGAAGAAUUUAUAAAUUAUGUAGAAAAAUAAUUAAAUAAUGAAUGAUUAACAAAUGUGUACUUAAUAAAUAAAUAAAUAAAUAAAUAUUGUCAUAUUAUCGACACCUAUUCGAUAUUACAUACUAUAUCUUUAUAUUAUAUUUAAUAUUAUAAUUGAUAUUUAUUAUUAAAGAACAUGAGUAAUUAGUUAUAAUAAUGCUAUUGUUACUUGUACGAUUAUAAUGAUAAGUGUGAAUUUACAUUAUGUGUAAAAAUAGUUUUCGAUUACGAUUUAUGUAAAUGGGCAGAAAUAAGAUCCGUGAAGUUAGCAGACGGACAUUGAGCACUAAUUUUCUUUCAUAGCACCAAUAUUUCAAUGCUAAAUUAGUGCUGGCGAACGGUACAAUUUUCAAAAUUAGUGCUCUAAUUUCCAUCGCGAUAUUGGCUUUUCCGUAAGUUAUAACAGCGAACGCAACACCAGCAUUAAAACCUCUUUUAAUAUCAAAAUUUAGUGCUUUAUUAGUGCGGGCGAACGAUCCCAGUUUCAAAAUGAUUGCUAAAUUUUCCAACAAGAUAUUAGAUUUUCCGAAAUUUUCUACAGCGAACGCAAUACAAGCACCAAAAUCCACUGUAGUAUCAGAAUUUAAUUCUAAAUUAGUGCUGGUGAACGGUAAUAUUUUUAAAAUUAGUGCUUUGACCAAAAGAAAGUUACACGGGGGCUUAUCUUCUGUCUUUUAUGUGAAGUUAGCGGACGUAGUACAAGCACCAAAAUCCGCUGUAGUAUCAAAAUUUAGGGCUGAAUAA